GUGGCGAGCCCCAGUAAGGAAUCGUAAUUCCUUACACUAGCAAACAACCCGAGGGACGACGAAUCCAGUAGUGUAGACUCUGCGAGGCAUUUUCCCACCAGAACCCUGGGCGCGCGCCAUCCGAGAGACCUUACCGAAGCAUUUAGAUAGCGAUAGAUGGAUCUGGUAUCGUCGGCGGAAGGCCGCUUCGUGGCGGAUGGAGUGGCGCAGAAUAUGCGCGCCGAUGGGCGCGCGCGGGAGGCCUUCCGCCCCUUCAGCCUGGACACUGGAGUCAUUCCGCAGGCAACUGGCUCGGCCAGACUGCGAUUAGGCGCCACACAUAUACUGGCGUGUGUCAAGGCGGAGAUAGGGUCGCCACCACCAGGGAGGCCGUGGGGCGGGCGGAUAGAGGUGUCGGUGGACUGCUCUCCCACAGCCACGCCUGCUUUCAGGGGCAGAGGAGGAGAGGAGUUGUCUCAGGAGCUCACACGUGUGCUCGAGAGAUCGUUCCUAGGAGGCGCAGACGGCUCAGGAGCGGCGGUGGAGCUGGGGCAGCUGGUGCUGGUGGAGCGCAAGAGCUGCUGGGUGCUGUACUUGGACGCCCUCGUGCUCAACAUGGACGGCAACCUCGUCGACGCCCUCUCCAUCGCCUUCAAGGCAGCGCUGGGCAACAGCGUGCUGCCCAAGGUGGAGGUGGUGAUGGGCGAGGGCGAGGACGGUGAGCCGGAGCUGGAGGUGGUGGAUGACCCGGACGAGGGCGUGCCCCUCGACACCUCCGCCACGCCCAUCAUCGUCACGCUCAAUAGACUAGGGAAGCAUGUGAUAGUGGAUGCCACACCAGAGGAGGAAGCAGUGGCAGAGUCGUCUCUCUGUGUGGCAGUGAGGCCGGAUGGGCGGGUUGUGAGUGCCACCAAGGGGGGCAAUGCUGGGGUGCACCCCUCGGUUCUCUCUGAGAUGCUAGACAUGUCACACCGUGUGGCCGUGUCGCUGCACCGGCAAGUUGAUGCUGCCAUGGCAGCAGCAGGGUCGAGAAAAAAGUGAGGCUGCAGUGUGUCGUUACGUUACUAGUUGCAGGCCGUUGUUGGGAAUGAAGAAUUAUGUUUCUUAUGUCAAUUCGCACUCAAGCGCCCCAUGCCAAACUAUGCAUGUGGGGCUAGGUGCACAUGUACAUGAAAGAUGUGCCAAUUUUGUUUUGAUAAAUUUUAGAGAGGUAC